UAUACACACACAAUCUCUCUAUUAACAUGGUAUCGAGCUAGUUUCUUUCCUACAAUUUUUUUUUGUGCGGCAGCCCUCUUCUUCUUCUCCGGCGAGCUCCCUGCCGUGCGCCACUCCUCUCAGCUCUCUUGGUCCAGCUCUCCGCCCUAGUUCCGCUGCUCUCUGUCUCUCUGUCCAGCUGCACCAUCGUUGUGCACCACUGCACCUCUCUGCCCAGUUCUGGUGCUCUCUCUCUGGCGAGAUCUCUUUCUCUACAGCCACAAGAUUUUUAAACUCUCUCCGGCGAGAUCUCUCUGUCUACAGCCACAAGGUGAUUCGUUCACACAGAGAUCUGCUUUUGACUCAAUGUUAGCGAUGUGUAUAUCUGUCUUCUUUCAUCCAGAUUUGUAAAAUUGCAGUUCUGCCCUCCAGAUUUCUGAAAUUGCAGUUUGGUCCCUCCAGAUUUUUUAAAUUGCAGUUUAGCCCUCCAAAUUGUUGAAAUUGCAGUUUGGUCCCUCCAGAUUGUUGAAAUUGCAGUUUGAUCCCUCCAUAUUUCUGAAAUUGCAGUUUGGUCCCUCUAGAUUUUUUGAAAUUGCAGAUUGAUCCCUCCAGAUUUCUGAACUUACAGUUUAGUCCCUACAGAUUUAUGAAAUUGUAGUUUGUGUUGAUGGCCACUCUUGGCAGUGAUUUUCCUCCCUUGCCGGGGAUUGGUUCCUCUGCCACUCAGUCUCUGUCAACUUCGGCUGUUGCUACGCCACUCUCAUUCUCCUCAACGACUGUUGGUUUGACCACCUCUGACCUUCCUCGGGAUUUUCUUCCCACUUCGACUGAUUUUCGGCUCACCGCUGCUAGUGAUUGGCCUACCUGGAGUGCCACGGUUCGUAAUGCCUUGUUUGGCCGUGGGCUCUUAUCUUAUCUCACAGAUGGUCCACCAGUUGAUUGUUCUGAUGAUGUUUUAGCUGCUUGGAGUCUUCGGACUAAUCGAGUCUCCAGUUAUCUCAUUGAGUCUCUCGACCCUUCUCUUCGACCUGAUCUGGUUACUCGAUCUGCCCAUGUGGUUUGGAGGUCUCUUACUGCUCGUUUUGUUGAGCGCAGUGGCGCUCGUCAGUAUUCUCUUCUUACUCAAGCUGCUACUGCUCGUCAGGAUGAUAGGUCUAUCCAGCAGUUCUAUCAGCACAUGCGUGGUUUCUGGCGUGAGUUGGAGGUUUUUCUCCCUGAUGGCAGUCAUAUUGCUACUCAUGUGGCUUUUUGGGAUAUGCGUCAUAUGUAUGAGUUUCUGAUGGCUCUCCGCCCUGAGUUUGGUUCUCUGGUUGGUCAGCUUAUACAUCGUGAUCCCUCUCCCAGUCUUGAGACUACAGUUGCUGAGUUAGUUGCAGAGGAGACUCGUCUGCGCCUGCUAGGUGGUGUUAGGCCACCUCCAGCACCCUCUAGUUUCUCUGGUGUUCUUGCUGCAGCACCCUCUGGUAUUCCCACAACUCCUUUACCUUCAUCUGGUCGUCCUAUUUGCACUCAUUGCCAGCGGCCAGGUCAUACUGUGGAUGACUGUUGGAAGCUUCACCCCGAGCGUCGUGUUGGACCUCGUGGUCGUGGCCGUCGUACCUCCACUCCCAUUGCUGCGGUUGUUACCCCUGCACUUUCUUCUCCUGCUUCUGCUAUGUCUCCUAUUGAUAUUCAGCAGUUCCAGCAAUUCCAGCAGUUCCAGCAGUUCCAGCAGCGUCUUGAGCAGAUGACUGCUCCCACCAGCACUGGAUCCGUCUACCAGCCAGGUGAUUGGCAGUGGUCGUAGAGUGGGUGGUCUCUAUCACCUCCAGUCUCUCCACCUUCCCUCCUCGCGUCCCAGCUUUUGCGGUCUUGCCUCUCCAACUCCUGAUAUCUGGCAUAGAAGAUUAGGUCAUAUUUCUGAGUCGCGACUGAAGAGUCUCUCCCUGUCUGGAGCUCUCGGUCGUAGUUCAUUUUCUGCUUUGAGUCCUUGUCUUGGUUGUAAGCUUGCUAAAGCUACAACACUUCCCUUUUCCCCCAGUGUAUCCCAAACUUCUAGUGUUUUUGAUCUAUUACAUUCAGACAUUUGGGGCCCUGCA